GUGUCAUUGCGAAUGAUUUGACAAAUCUGUGUCUCGAAACUAACAUAUUUUUUCUAUCUGAAUUGUUGCAAUAGUUGCAUUCGACUAACUCAGCAUGAGGAUUGCAUAUAUUUCCAACUUACUCCUUUUUGGUAAGCAAUGUGCGAAAAUACAAAAUCGCAAUGUUCGUCUUGUGGCGACGGCUGCCCAGGUUAAACGACAGGAAGACGUUAAGCCGAAGACAGCGAUACUGAUGUUGAACAUGGGUGGCCCAAUUAAUAUCACCAAAGUGCCUGAAUACCUCUUACGUAUUAUGACCGAUCGUGACAUGAUUCAACUUCCAAUGCAAAGUCAAUUAGGACCAUGGAUUGCCAAAAGGCGAACAGCUGAUGUACAGAAAAAGUACGAGGAGAUCGGAGGUGGCUCACCUAUUUUAAAGUGGACUAACAAGCAAGGCGAAUUGUUGUGCAAACAGUUAGAUAAAAUUUCACCAGAAACGGCACCACACAAACACUACGUUGCUUUCCGAUACACCGAUCCUUUGACAGAAGAUGCUCUCAGAGAUGUAGAAGCGGACAACGUUGAACGUAUCGUUGUAUUCUCACAAUAUCCUCAGUAUAGCUGUGCGACGACAGGAUCGAGCUUUAAUGUCAUACAUAAUUAUUAUCAGAAAUGGCCAGUGCCACAAAAUAUGAAGUGGACUAUAAUUGACCGAUGGGCCACGCAUCCACUUCUUGUUGAGACUAUUGCAGAGCGAAUCAAAGCAGAAUUAAUUCAAUUUCCCAGCAAUAUAAGAGAUGAUGUGAUAAUUCUCUUCUCAGCGCAUUCCUUGCCAUUAAAGGCAGUGAACAGAGGUGACCCAUACCCAUCGGAAGUUGGUGCGACGGUGCAACUAGUCAUGGAAAAGUUGAAAUAUUGUAACCCCUACAGUUUAGUCUGGCAGUCGAAGGUAGGACCAUUACCUUGGCUUGAACCAUACACUGAUGAUGCUCUGAAAAAUUACGUCAAGCAGGGGAAGAAGAAUUUCAUUUUAGUUCCCGUUGCUUUCGUAAAUGAACACAUCGAAACCCUUCACGAGAUGGAUAUCGAAUACUGCCAUGACUUGGCAAAAGAACUCGGUAUUGAAAACAUCAGACGAGCAGCAGCACCGAACGAUCAUCCACUAUUCAUACAAGCGAUGGCAGACAUUGUAGUAUCUCGUCUAAGGUCGAACCAACCUGUAAAUCCAAAAUUCCUCACCCGAUGUCCACAUUGCGUUAACAAAAACUGUGCAAUUAGCAAAUCCUGGUAUGCGAAGAUUUGCAACAAAGUGUAACACCUUUCAUAACAAGUUAGGAGUGCGGCAUCUAUCUCCUAUUUAUAAUAAUCUUGCGAAGGUAAAGAUUACUUAAUGCAACGAUUUACAAAAGCGAAGAGAUCACAGCAUUACAUGACAACUUACCAAUGACACGGUACCAAUUGUUGCCAGCAGCAAUCAACGUCAAUCAUUCUUAACAAUUAUGGGACGAAAAAGUGCCGUCAAGAGGGAUGACGAUAUAUUUUGCUGUGCCGAGUGGUCGGUCUAGAGGCACCUACUUUUUGAAGCAUCGUAACCUUUCCUUGUAUCAUAAUCCACAAUUUACCACUUCCGUCAAGGAGGAGCGUCAACUGUAAAUCAUGGAGAUGCGCAGAACUUAUCGUUACAGAUGGCGAGUCAGCUUGUGGUAUUACUUCGAGGUUAGUAUAAUGUACCUUCCGUGCAAUUUAUGAUAUAGGAAUAAACGCAGUUCAUUUUUACCA